AUGCCUCAGAGGGACAUGUCACAGCGAGACAGCGAGGCCGAGGUCAAAUCAUGGGGGUUUCCCCACGUCUUUACCUGGACCGAUGGACCGAAUGCCCACUACCCCCCGCAUUCGCACCGCGGUCUGACAACCCAUCUGAUACUCCGCGGCAGCCUGACCAUUACGUACCCCAAGGACGAGACCCCUCAGAAGGUUACCUAUGCCGUCGGCGACCGCGUCGAUGUCGAUGCCGGUCGCGUGCAUGAGGUCUGGAUUGGCGACGAGGGCUGCACCUAUGUCAUUGGAGAGUAG